AUGAAUAUUGCUCAGGGGUCCACCCACAGUGCUACAAAAUGUACCUAUGAUUUUGCAUCUAACCAACUUUUUGGCAGUGCUGGUCUGUGCUGGACAUCCUUCCUUCCGAACCAUGACCGAAGUCGUUCGACAGAGAGUCUUGCAGGUCAUACUCGCCUGAAACAGCAUCAGGGUGGGGAGAGAUGGCUCAAGUGGUUAGAGCGCGAAUUCAUUGACCGGAAGGUCCGUGGUUUGAACCCGACCUCUGCCUCUCGACUCCCUCUGUCUAGACUUGGGCGACCUGGCAGUAUCUCAACCCUCUUGCAAUCUUCGAGUGGCAUGGCAGUUAAGCACCGAAAGGGUGCUACAGUUGAACAAUUUCAACUGAAGUUGUCCCAUUCUGAACCAAUUCUUCUGGUGAUCCAUCGUCAAAGAGGGGAGCACUGGACUCGAGUUUCGCUCUUAGUAGAGCUUAUCAUUAGUGCAGAUCUUUGGUCUCAACGGGUUUCGAACUCCAGUUGUUGGAAUUACGAGGCGAGCGCGUCAACACUACUUCACCAGCGCACGCUGGACGAACAUGAUUCUCUACGUGCGAACAGGCGACUCUUCGCGCUGAUUCUUCAACUAGGCGUGCUGCUCCACGCUGCCUCAUGUCUCAGUUGGUACAAGGGCGUCACAGGUGAGAUGGCGAAAAUGGCUAGAGCGCGAAUCACUGACCGGGAAGGCUUGGGCAACCUGAUAGCACCUCAGCCGUCGUGCUUCCUUCGGGUAGCAUGGCAGCUAGGCACUAAAAAGGUGUCACAGCUGAACACGCCAAUUAGAAAUUUACCGAAGUUCUCUUACAGUCCACCACCUGUUUCGCUCAUCAAUACAACCAUUUGUUCCUUUUGCAUAAAGUUCGACAAGUACAUUCACUUGUAUACUGCUCUGGUUUUCACGGGAGACUCACUUGAAUCCCAGUUGAAUCUCUCGUUUAUGUUCUUCUUUAAUUGGAUGUGCUACACCAAACCGGAGGAACUAGAAAGGCUGAGUGAGGUCUUCCAGUCCUUUGGUAUGAAUUUCGUAUGUACAAAUUGCAAAGUACGAUCCCUAAACAUGCUUCUAAGAAUCCAGGGAGGGACACUGGAGGCUGUGGGACGCCAAAUGUAUCGUGGAAGUUGCAUUAGGUCUAAAGGUAGUUUUACAGACGAAGCCAAUGCACGAAUGUCGAAGGCUAAAAGUGUGUUUUCCAAUUCGUGCCAACGGUGGCGUCAAAAAAGCAUCUCAUUGGACUUUAAGGGACGUGUGCGUCGGACUAUAGCACGGCAUACACUGCUAUACGGCUGCGAGACUUGGUCUAUUCGGUUGGAAGCUGCCUACGUUACGUGGCGGGGACCUACAUUUGGACGUAAUUUGGCACAACACAAUGGAAUCAAGGGUGCCAGGAGAAGUCUGGGUGUUGUUGAUGCUAUUCGCCUGCUAGAAUUGGACCCGCGUGACCUCACUUGCGUGACGUGGGACCACGUCAACCUGUGGGACACAAACUCAGUCCCAAGUCCGGAGUGUUCGGCUGUAGCCCAACUGUCACACCACCACGAGGGCUGGGAUACCGCUAGGUUGUUAAAGCCUAGACAGGGGAAGUCGAGAGGCAGACAUCGGGUUCGACGGACGGAACUUCCGUGGUGCCUUUGCGGCUAUGGUCUGUCUUCCUGUUUUUUUUUGUUUGGUGGUCCGUCCACCGUUCACUUUUCAUAUGUUUUAAUGUUUACGCUGAUUUGUCCACUCACAAUUGGCGGUCCGUUUUCUUGCACCGGAUGGUUUGACUUGAACAAUUCCUCCGUAAACGGUUCUUCUGCAUCGACCUUGUCCGGUUCCGUGGCUUGUCGGCACCCGGGGUUUUUAGGUGCUUUGGAAUUGUACAGUUUGAUCCAAUUCGAGGGCACAGUUCUCCCGCACCAGUUCGGAGACUCAUCGACUUUCCAACAGUUUAGUGACAGUUUUUCUCGACUGAUCCCAACAGUGAGCUCAACGAAACCAACACUACUAAUAUUCGACUUCAGAUUAUCCGUCUGCUGA